UUCUCAGGUGACAAAUCAAUAAUAAACUUAUUUCAUUUUUUAAUAGAAAUAAAAAUGUCUUUUGAAAGUAUUGCACUGGGAAUUUUCCUCUUCUCCCAGAUUACAGUGGGAAUGAUUGGCAACUCCUCAAUACUAUUUUACUAUGUCAUUUUGAAAUCCACUGGAAAACAUCUAAUGCCCAAAGACUUGAUCAUAGAGCACUUGAUAUCUGCCAAUUUCUUAUUUAUCCUCUCAAAAGGCAUUCCACAAACACUGUCAGAUUAUGGAUAUAAAGAUUUCUUAGAUGAAUUUGGAUGUAAAUUGGUAAUGUACAUUUACAGAACAACAAGGGGGGUAUCCCUUUAUAUGAUGUGCCUAUUGAGUUGCUUCCAAGCAAUCACUAUCAGUCCCAGCAAUUACAGAUGGAUGAUGCUUAAGCACAGAACCACCAAGUACCUUGGUCCCUCCUGCUCAAUCAGUUGGCCUUUGCAUUUGUUUAUAAACAUCGUGACCCCUGCAAGAGUGUCUGGCCACAGUUACAACAAAAAUACAACUAACACGAUGAUUUAUGGUUCUUGUUCAUGGCUCCCUUCAGGCAAUUUUACAACUGUACUAUAUUUGUUUUUAUUGUGUUUCUCCGAUGGACUGUGUCUGGGUCUCAUGGCAUGCGCAAGUUUCUCCAUAGUGAAUAUCCUCUACAGACAUAAAAAUCAAGUCAAGCAUAUCCACAGUGCUCAGUAUGUUCUAAAAGUCUCCCCUGAAGACAGAGCCACCAAGAAUAUCCUCAUCCUGGUGUGCACAUUUGUUACCUCUUACUCAUUUUCCUCCAUUGUGGUCAUCUUUAUGACCUACUCCAAAUGUCCAAUGCUAUGGGGGGUAAGUGUAUUUACAUUCCUAGAAAUAUGUUUUUCCAUAUUUUGCCCCUUUUUUCUCAUCACCAACAUGAAGUCUCAGUUUUUUGUGUUUUCAUCCUGCUUUGGUAAAAGACAGCUUUCUCAAAUAAUGACACGUGGCUUCAUUGUAUGA